GGGGGCUUACGCUCAGAUCAAAGGCCUUUGCAACGUCACAAUAAAGGAGCUUCCAAACCCAGGUCUCAAAUAGAGCCUUAGCAUCGCUAUACUCUACACAAGUGAACUCCAAAGUUGUUCUGUCUAAAAUACCAGUGAAAGACAACCUUUAUUAACUAUGUCUCACAUUUAUCCUUUUGCGAUGGCACAAACAUCAACAAACUUCAACAAGGCCCUCCAAACGUCCUCUGUUCAAAUGCCAAACAAGGUACUGGCAGAUCUUAAAAAAAAGCCGUUAGUGGAACACCUUGAACACGAAAAAAGAGGGGAGGCUGAAAGAAAAGCCAUGUUUAAGUCACUCCACAACAGCUGGGAGGACGCAAUCAGGCUAAAGAAAGAGAGAAUACAGGACAAACAAAGGGAAAGUCGGGAGUGGGGUGAGGCUGGCAGGAAGGCUGACGUGAUAUUAUUGGCAAAGCAUAUGGAAGAGGCGCAAAAGAGGCGUGAAAAAUACAUUGAAUUUUGCCAAUAUAAUUACGAGAGAGCCAAAGAAAAACGUGCUUUCGUUGAACUUGAGAAAGAAAUGGAAGCACAGUAUUUGUUCAAGCAACGACGUCAGGCCACCGAGAACGAACGCCGUCGUCGCGAUAUGGAUCUGGAACUUCUUAAAGCCGCUCGUAAAAACAUCCCAGUUUUAGACACAACAGAGGGGAAAAAACAUAGUGUAGUUUUAGAAAAGGAAGGUUCAGAUGACUUUCAACCAAAGCCAAAAGAACCACUCCUCCCUCAUUUCCUUCUUUGUCGGGAACGCAGCAGCUCAGAACAAACAACAGCUAAAACGGAACGAGUUCGGCUGCCAACAAUUAAUAAAACAAACAGGCGUGUGUCUGUAGCUAAAGACUCACCAGCUAAUACUAAAAAACUUAUUCCCACACCCCCUCCCCUGUCUGAGAAACCACAGAAAACACGGUGUGUCCCCAUUAUUAAAAACCGAUACAAGGUUGAUGCACCUUAUGCACCUCGCUUAUUAGAGACGUGGGACAUCAACACAAAUAAAAAUUUAAUCCCACCCCCCCCUCCUCUUCCUAUUAAACCAGAGAAAACACGGUGUGCCCCCAUUAUUAAAAACCGAUACAAGGUUGAUGCACCUUACACACCACGCAUAUUAGAGACGUGGGACAUCAACAGAAAUAAAAAUUUAAUCCCAUCCCCCCCUCCUCUUCCUAUUAAACCAGAGAAAACACAGCGUGCCCCCAUUAUUACAAAUUAAGACAGGGUUCUUGCACCUUGCCUAUCAGGCUUAUUACAGACAUGGAAAUAUUAACAGCAGUAAAAUAUAAAUAACACCCCCCCAACCGGUCGCAGCAGAUAGCCGCCCCUCCCUGAGCCUGGAUCUGCUGGAGGUUUCUUCCUGUUCAAAGGGAGUUUUUCCUCCCCACUGUCGC